AUGUUGAUAUUCAAUGUAUCAUUCAACGCUGAUUGGAUGGCUCAAUUUCUAAAACCAUUAAUGCUCCUCGUGGAUACAGUGUCGCCCAGCCGUGAUUUUCAAGUGCUUAGUUUAGAAAAAAACGAUAAUCAGUUUGCCGAAUUAAAGAAAAAAGACCAAUGUCAUACUUGCG